ACAAACAUGAAGUGUCUCAUAUGGUGUACGUGGUGGACUUGGGCGUUGCUGGUGUUGAUGGGGAGUGGAGGCAUGGGGUGCCUGGAAGAAGAGAGGAAUGCGCUGCUCGGCAUCAAGGCCGCCUUCAACAGCCUAAGUGGAUCUUCUCUUUCAUCUUUGCAUGACGACAACGGUAGCAACUGUUGUGACUGGGAAGGCGUGGUGUGCGACAACACCACUUCGCGAGUGGCUUGGCUAUAUCUGAAUAAUACACGGGAUCCGGACCUGGGAGCUUGGGUUAUUAACGCCUCUUUAUUCCUUCCUCUGGAGGAACUUCAAGUGUUGGAUUUAAGUGAAAAUUAUCUCUCAGAUUUAAAUGGAAUGCUGCACCUAAAGAAAUUGAAGAGGCUAUAUCUUUCUUACAAUUAUCUACAACAAAUCCCAACGCUGUACAAGCAAACUUCAAUGGAGGCCCAAAAUUUAUCUUCCAAUCAGCUUGAAGGUCCAAAUUUGGAGGUGCUGGAUCUUUUCGGUAACAAUUUGGCCAAUGAUGCCCUCGCGGACAUUGCAAGGAUAACAUCUCUUAAGGCCUUAGACAUCGGAUUUGGUGGAUUCAGUGCUUCGAAGUUAUUGGAAGGCUUGUGCGAAUUAAGGAACCUUGAGGAGUUGCACAUUAUUGGUAAUGGAGUUUCGGGUCCUCUUCCUUCGUGCUCAUGCAAUAUGACCUCACUCCGUGCACUUGAUGUUCAAUAUAACAAUUUUAGCGGGGCCAUUCCUUCGUGUCUCCUCAAUAAUCUCAAGUCACUUGAAUAUAUUGUCUUAUCUGGAAAUGCUUUUGAAGGCUCACUUUCACUUGCUUCCCUGGCUAAUAAUUCUAACCUUGAGGUAUUCCACCUCAUCGACAAUUGUUACCGUCUGGAAGUAAAUACAGAAGACCCCACUUGGUUUCCUUCAUUUCAACUGAAGGUAUUUAGUUUAUCAAACUGUGUGCUCAACAAAGACGCAAAUGGCAUAAUUCCCAGCUUUCUGAAGGGACAAUAUGACUUGAGAGGUGUUCAACUCAACCACAAUGGAAUGAGAGGAAAUUUCCCGAACUGGCUACUAGACAACAAUGUAAAUCUGGAACGGUUGGAACUCACAGGCAAUGAGUUGUCAGGUGCUUUUUAUUUGCCUUCUAAUUUGAGUCUUGCCAACAUGUGGUCGUUUGAUGUGUCUACUAAUAUUAUUGAAGGAGAGCUUCCAUCUUCGAUUGGUUUUAUCCUUCCGAAUUUGAAAUAUUUUAAUUUUUCAAACAACUUACUAAGAGGUGGAAUCCCUCCCUCAAUGGGCAAUAUGCAACUUCUACAAUCGUUGGAAUUGUCGAAUAAUGGCUUCACUAGAGAGAUACUAGAGACAUUGGCUAAAAAUUGUACAUUACUUGAUACUUUGAAAUUGUCACACAACAAUUUGCAAGGCGAAAUGUUACCGAGGUAUUCUAACUUAAUAAACUUGAGAUCUUUGUAUCUGGAUAACAAUUGUUUUAGAGGGGACAUAUCGCCUAGUAUCUUAAAUAGCUCCAUCUUGAUGGUUUUGGAUGUAAGUCAUAAUUUCCUGUCUGGAACACUUCCUAAUUGGAUUGGAGAUAUUCAAUCCUUGCAAGGACUUAGGUUGAGAAGUAACUUACUGGGAGGUCAUUUACCAUAUAGCUUAUGCAACUUGAGACAUCUCGAUCUUCUAGACCUCUCAAGUAACAACCUUGGGCCGAAUAUACCUCCUUGUGCCAACUUUACAAAUAUGGAGUUCUUGCAUUUAUCAAAUGACACUCUUGUUGGGCAUUUUCCAAAGUUUCUUUAUGAUUCAUCAAUUGUCAUAUUGGAUCUUCGACAAAACGCAUUAUCAGGUAAGAUCCCCAGGUGGAUUGGUUCACUUAAGCAAUUGAGGGUUCUUCUACUACAAGGAAAUAAUUUUGAAGGUUCAAUUCCUCUAGGUCUAUGCCUAUUGAAAACUAUGAGCAUAUUGGAUCUCUCCAGUAAUAAUCUUUAUGGGAAAAUUCCUUCUUGUUUAUACGGUUUGCCAUUUGGAUACUCUGAGUUAUCUCCAUUCUCAAGUGAUAUGCAUUGGACCAGUAUUGGGGAACCACGCGACAAUGGGAUCAGAUUCGAAUUGGAUUAUUAUUAUUUGUAUACAGGAAUGUUACUAAUUUCUUACAUAAAUAGAUUUGAAGAAGUAAACUUCAUCACAAAGAAAAGGUUGGAAUCUUAUAAGGGCAACAUCCUAAACCUCAUGUCAGGAAUAGAUCUCUCGCAAAACAAUUUGACAGGCUUUAUUCCUCCAGAGUUGGGCUACUUGAGGGAACUUCGAGCAUUGAACCUAUCACACAAUCAUUUGAUAGGAUUGAUCCCGGGAACGUUUUCCAAUUUACAGAAUGUAGAGAGUUUGGACCUGUCUUAUAACAGCUUAACUGGUCUCAUCCCUCCACAACUAACAAAUCUCUAUGCCUUGUCGAUUUUUAGUGUGGCUUACAACAACUUGUCAGGCAAGUUACCAGAUCGAAAAAAUCAAUUUGGAACUUUUGAGGAAGCAAGUUAUAGAGGUAACCCUCUUCUUUGUGGACCACCAUUAAAAGGCUGUGAUGGCUCAAAUCAAGGACCAAGGACACCGCCAUCUUUUAAUCAUACUAGGGAGGAUGACUCCUGGAGGGAAGCCUUUUUUUGGAGUUUUGCGGGAUCAUACGUGGUGGCAUUCCUUGGUGUGGUUUUGUUUCUCUACCUAAACUUGUACUAUCAGUACAUGUUGUUCAACCUUGUUCGUAAGUUUAUCCCAUCAUUUCCCCAGUAGAGAUUGUCCUUUUGAGCAUUUUAUGAUGGAUAAUACGAUGAAAUGGUGGAGAACCUUGGUUUAAUAGGAUUGUAAGCAUUUGAAUCUUGAUUAUGCAUUUUGAACGCUCAAUUCCUAGAGUGUUAGUAUCGUAUCCAUUGUUUUGCUAAUUUGAAUAUCAGGAGAUUUGAUUUGGU